UUCGUUUGAACAUUUUAUUGAAACCUAAUUUUUAUUUUUAUCUACAAUUUAUUUGUAACAAUGGAUAAUAGUGGCAACACAGAGACUGCAGGCCCGUCAGUCAAAUUAUUUCCAUCACCAAUAAAAAAAAAUAAACGAGGAAAAAUAAUUAGUUCUUCCGAACGUUUAAGGAUUAUAAACAUGUACAAGGCAAAUUUGGAGGAAGAUCCCAACAUGUCCAUGAGGAGUAUGAGACAGAUCAUUUCAAAAAAUAUGGGAAUUAGCGAGUCAACUGUGCACAGGACAAUUAAUGUAUACAAGGAGACAAGUACAGUGACUUCUCCGAAACGCAAAAGGGUAAGAGAAAAUGUUUUCCAUUUAUACGAUGACUUUUCGAGAAACGCAGUCCGUAGACAUGUCCAUAAUAUUUGGUUUCGACGUGAAAUUCCAACCAUCGAUAAAAUACAUAAAGAAGUUUCUGAUGACAAAAGUUUACCGGCUAUAUCGCGAACUAGUUUGUUCAAACUUAUUAAAGAUCUGGAUUUCCGUUAUUGUAAGCGCAGUCGUAAUAGUGCUCUAACUGAAAAAAACGAAAUCGUUGUAUGGCGUAGACGACAUUUACGGGCAAUACGAGAAUACCGAGAACAGGGUCGUCACAUUUAUUAUUUAGACGAGACAUGGGUAAAUGCUGGCGAAUGCCUUAUUGUUCUACACAUCGGUUCCGAAGAUGGAUUUGUUCCCGGUGGGUUGUUAUGUUUUGAAUCGAAAAAAAAUUCACGGGAUUAUCAUGAUGAGAUGAACGGUCAGACAUUUUAUGAUUGGAUGGAAAACAUUUUACCUCAACUGCGAGACAACUGUGUUAUAGUGAUGGACAACGCGCCGUAUCACUCGGUAAAGAAAGACAAAUCACCGACAUCGUCUACAAGGAAGGCCGAUAUAAUAAAAUGGUUAGAAGAUAAAGGCGAGGUCGUUGAUUAUACCAUGGUUAUCCCAGAAUUAUUGGAAAUUGUUAAAAGAAUCAAGCCACUUCAUAACAAGUAUGUGAUAGACGAACUCGCCAAAGCUAGUAAUAAAACAAUUUUGAGACUACCUCCUUACCACUGCGAGCUCAAUCCCAUUGAACUCGCGUGGUCAUCUAUUAAGAAUCACGUAAAAAUGAAUAAUAGUACUUUUAAAUUACCAGAUGUAAAAAAUUUAUUAUUAGAGGGUAUAGAACGAGUAGAUCAAGUAAUGUGGAAAAACUUUAUACAGCAUACAAAAAAUAGAAAAAAAAUUUUGGGAAAUAGACAAUAUUGUAGACGAAGUGUUGGCAGCGGAAACAUCAAAUUUGACAUUGACAAUUACCGGUGACACAUCGUCAGAUUCUGAGUCCGAGUCUGACUAAAAUCACAUAAUCAGUAAAUAUAUGCCGAUGUUUUAAAAUUGAAAAAAAAUGAAUGUAAAUAUGACGAUGUUUUAAAAUUGUAUAAAAUGUA